GAGCCCCUCGUGACRUGUGAUGAAUUAAAUAAACACUCUGGGUGCAGGCAUGUGUCUCAGCCGUCCUCAUUUCCUCUCCCCUCACUGAGGUUGACAAACAGACGGACACCAAAGGCAAACUCUAGAACAUAAAGCACGUCGRUGCCGUGGAGAAUUUCUCAAGUAAACACCCCGAUUAAUGGAUGUGGAGCUCGGCAGCAAGGAAGGAGGCGAUUUGUCUGCUUUGUUGUUGUCUUGACUCUGACACCGAGGGUGGUCCAAAAAAGUGUUGGUUCCAAUAGAGGAUAUAAUGCAGUUUUUACAACACCGCUCAAAGACAAGAAAUUGAUUCAAACUGUUGUUUUAGACAUUUAAUCAAACUGUGUUUGUGUCAAAUAGAGCUGCAAAGUCAAGUUUUUGGAAUGGACCUGAGGGGCCCAUCAGGACCCCAGAUGGUCUCCUCAACAAACGUCUGACCUCUCCUGGCCUUAUUUAUUAAAAAGUGGAGGAGUUGUGUUGACCUGGCCGGAGUAACUGGAAGGACAUUUUUGCUGCGCACCAGCAGCUGUCUCAACAUUCAGAGUGUACUUUCUGCAGCUUGCAUUGUCAGGAGGUCAAGAAAAAGUCAACAGUGGGCAGAAAAAAAAAAGGCAAACACCACGACCAAUGUCUCGAAUAUCCCUUUAGUUUUAUUUUACCAUAAAAAUACCUCAUUUGAAGAAACUGUUGUGGUAAUUAAACACUUUKCCGUCUACCUCAUGUGUUUUGUUUAUGAAAAUAAUUUACCUGAGGAGCCGUUUGGACUGGAGUUAAAUCAAGUUUAUGUGUUUGUGUUUAAGCUCAGAUUUGCUGAGUAAAGCAAAUAGAUGAAAUGUAGGUUAAUAAUAAACUUAUCAGUUUAGGAAAAAGGUUYGCAAAUGUUUAUGUUUGAAUUCCAAGCUCUGUAUUUAUGGCACUCUUCCACGCUGAUUGAGCACUGAGGUUUAUUCGUUUUUAUUUUCUUUCUGUUUCUUUGGUGUUAAAGAUUCACACGUAUAUUUCCACCUAUCUUCUCUGAGGUUAUACGCUUGUCCAAUGCCACCAUAUUUGUUUACCACAGAGUAAGGCCAGCCUCAUGUAGGCCAAUCACCUGACUCAAACUUCCCUGUGGUCUUUUAUUUUCAUCGAGUGUGGACCCACAUUUCAGAAAUGUCUAUCUGGAAAACUACUGAGUAAACUCUUUCAAACAGCACAGUUUGUAGUUCAGGAUAACCAUUUUCUGGUUUAAUAGCUUUGAGAUGGCUGGGGCAGUGAAGGGUUAAUGUGAGGCCAAGGAAACCUGAUGCUAAUUGAGUCUCAGGAAUGCCACACUCUGUGGAGCAGGAGCUCAGAGUGGGUCAGACGUGGGAAGAGCCAACUAAUGUUUGGUUCUAAUGGUUUUAUUUCUUACCGAUAGCCUGUAGAACCAGUCUAACCUAGAGAGGUAAUGUCUCCAGAGGAAAAAGUUUACUUUCAGUGGUGGAAGAUGAGGAUUUUAUCUUAAAGGAGGAGGUUUUGGAAAGUUUUUCAUCACAAAAUUAGUAUUUUUCCCCCCUCCCAGUGUGUCGUUUGGAGCAUAUGUGCAAAAUGUUUUUCCUGACAUCAGUGCUGUCGAUGUUGGUCCUCUGGGGGUCUCUGCCCGACGCAGCUUCAACGGAGAUGUGCCGGGGGACGCACUGCUUCGGCGGGGACUCAGAGGGUCCAGGCAGCAGGACCUCCAAACUCCCACGGCAGUUCAACCCGACUCAGUGGAGAGCGGCGCAGACGGGAGGCAGCCAGAACCACCACGUCUAUCCAGGCUCUCCAAGAGCGCAUUCAGAAACCAACCCGUCCGUCCCGCUGCUCCGCGCGCGUAAUGGAGACGGAGGCGCACAGACGAGGAUGCCUGGAGGGUGUGUGGAGGCUGACUGCAUCGCUGCUGGGAAGCAGUUUCAGCAAAGUAAUGACACCCGAGACUGUAAAGGGAUCGAGUGCAGGCUGCCGCCGAGGAUUCGGCCCCAAGCUCGGGGAAGGUCUUGUGUUGGAGAGGGAUGUCCCGCCGCUUCCUAUGAGACUGUCUCCGCUGCUGCACACCUGUCCCCGGUCUAUUUGUCCGACAGAGCUGCACAGUUUCUGGGAGAUUUCCCGGAGCUUGGACAUGCCUCUUCUGAACACGGAGGAGCACCUUUAGGAGUCCAGCUCACAUGUGACAUAAAGCCAGGGGAGAAUGAAGUUCCUUCAGAAGAUGCCCUCAUCCUGCACCUCCAGCUGGCCAAGGGGCAGGAGAAGCUGGUGGAGGCCCUGCAAGCCCAGCAGGUGAUCAUUCGCGACCUGCAGCAGAAGCUCGUCCACCAGCAGGAGGCUCUUCUYUCCCAGCAGCAGGACGUCCUGGAGCAGCAGCGGCGCAUGUACGAGCAGAUGGACGCAGUGAAGGCCCAGUUCAGCCUCCUGUCAGACACCUUCAAGCAGGUCUCCUUCCAGGGCCUGCAGGGCGAGCUGCAGAGCUACUUCGAGAGCCACCUGGCGGGACUGCAGAGCCAAGCCCGCAGCCACCUUCAGAAGUCCUACGCCGUGCACAAAAUGGACAUUGACUCAAAGGUGGUGGACAUCGUUGGGGAGGCCCAUUUCCCCGAACCUCUGCCGGGUUGUCCAUCGCCCUGUGGUUCAGAGGAGUUCUGUGAUUUUCAAAAGGAUCCACCCCAGUGUGGGAAGUGCACCAUGUGUCCCCCGGGCUUUUUCCUGAUUUCACAGUGCUCCCCGACAGCAGACAGAAUGUGCCAGGACAGAGAUGAAUGCCUCGAACUACCAAACAUUUGUGGAGAACGAGUGAAAUGCCUCAAUACUCCAGGGGGAUUUAAGUGUCUGGGAGUUUCUGAGAGAGACGCAGUGACGGGCCUGUGUGGUCACGAGUACUUCUACAACCAGGAGCUGCAGGAGUGUCAGGCUUGUUCGGACUGUGAUGGACACCCUGUCGUAGUUCCAUGCACAGCUGUCAGCGACACCGUCUGUGGCUUGCUUUCAGAGAACCGACUAUCGCAGUCCUGGGCUGCAAAUGUGGCUCUUCCUCCUCUCAGGACAUCUGGAAACCACAUUUUCCCUGGUUUUCAGCUCAACAUACGUGGGAAGGAGAGCAGUGAUCUUUUGAUCAACGAAGCAGGGAAGAUCAUCUUUCUCCAGCAUGGUCUGGUGUGGCUGGAUCAUAACGUGGCGAUAAAACACUGCUGCAGGAACUUCCUACAGGUGGGGAUGAGGCUCAACGGAAGCCUGGACGAGGACAGUCAGGAUCUCAGCGGCGUUCGGAUUGAACAGCCGGAUGGGAAGUAUUUCCAGGGGGUGAGUGUAAGCACCGCGGUAGAGGUGGAGCCCAACCACACCUUUACACUGCAGCUGAAGAGUCCAAACCAACACUGCAAUAAGAGCAAGGACCUUCAGGUCUUCGACGUCGCCACUCCUUCUUUAAGCCUGUUUUGGUUGUCUCAUGAUACCGGGGCUGUGUCCAUGACAGCACAGAUGUCCCUGCUGGCACACUACCAGACCAGCUACCGUCCAACUUUCCGCAUCACGUCYGUGUCCGACCCCUACAUGGUCAGUCUUACUCACGACAACCGUGGGGUGCGCUUCACAGAGAGCGGAGUGGUGAAGUUUGUCCUGCAGCAGGCGCUUUACUCCAUGGGCCAAGCCUGCAUUCGAGAAGGGUUCUCUUUGGUUGCUUACACGACCCAAAACAGUACCGGCGUGGAGGCAGUGCGGGCUUUUAAGACGGGCGUAAACUACAGGGACACCUCAAUCACCCUAUCCGGUGCGGUGAUGGUGGCAAGCAAAGAAACACUCGCUUUUGAGAUCCUGUCUCCAUCUCAGUGCAACAUCCGUUACUUCGGGGACAGCACCGGCAUCAGUAUGUUGAGUCUCAUCUGGAUUCCUUCAGCUGUGUCGUCGGCCCUGACAGCAACCGUGUCUCGGACCAGUCUUCCCUUGGGAGCCGUCAGGAACAAACCUCUGCUGUUCCAGCAGAUCAGCCAGGACACCCCACAGGUUCACCUGGCCCGGACCGGGGAAAAAAACAGCUGGAAGAACUUUGUCUUCCACGAGAAGGGGACUGCAAACAUCGCCCUUAACCUCAAGCUGAUCCACUCAUGUAAUAUAGUUAAACUCACCUUGCAAAGGGUUGGAGGGCAGGGAGGACAGGCAGGUCCUGUUGCCCAGCAGGUGUCUGGAUCAAUGCCCGAGGGGAGCGAGUGGGCUAGCAUUGGACUGAGAGUCUCAUUCCAGGUCCAUAACGGUACAUCCAUUUAUGUUACUCUGGACUGCAUCCGAGGACGAGUUAACCAAAUAACAAAUGAGGGUGGUACAAACAUUUCAGUUCUCUGGGUUGCACUGUGAUCCAGACAAGCCAAACUUCAUUUGUCAGUGCAUUUUUUUAAAAUAAGAACAAUGUUUUUUGCACAAAACUGAGCUAACACAGUCAACUGCUCCACAUAUUGUAUCACAUCUCUGUUUUAAUGUAUUUUUCAGUUGCUGUCCAGGCUUUUAUUAUUAUGUUUUUGCGUACAAUUUAAGUACAGUUUUUUUCUUGAAGUACUUCAGCUGGUUGAGCAGUGACCAACUUUAUGUUUGACGUCUGAAUGUCUGAAAGUGUGUGCUUGUUUAUCCAAGUGUGUGAGCAUAAUUUGGUGCUUAAAUGUUUAUGUCAAUAUGUACACAUACAGUAAGAUUUUUCAUUUUGCAUGUAGGUCAUUYAAUGUUAUCUUUGUUCAUCCCAGAAUAUAUUUAACUCACAGUAUGUAAGCAUGUAUGCAAUGACAUUUUUUAUACUGUAUGAUGAGAAAUUUUAAAGAACUGAUUCAACAUUUCAGAAAAUACAUGUUGUAGAAUAGUACCGUACUGUUUAAUAGUACUGUAUAAGUUAAUCAAUACUCUGAGUAGCUGGAUAGUUUGUCUCAAGAAAGCAACUUUAAACAGAUAUCAGUUUCCUGCAGUUCUCCAUCUGUAUUAGCACAGAAUGAGUUUAGUGCUGUAUUAGGUUGACGUUGACCUAUAUCUCUAUAUCGUAAUUGCAUUUAGAUUAAGAAGGAACCAGACUUGAGGUCCACAGAAAUAUUAUGGUUCAAAUUAGAAGAUGGUGAUCACACAAACGACUGUCUACCUGGAUUAUGACCACAAUGCCACUGUUUUUAGGAUAGCUCUGAACUUUGGGAAUGGAAUUUGUGUAAAAAAACUUCUUCAACAAUUAACAUCAGCCAAUUGUAAAUGGUUCUUGCAAUAAUCUCAGUUCACAUAACUAUAGAAUGGUGCUGAAAGAUUUGGUACUUAAAACCUGUAUCUAUAUAAUUAGCUGAGUCCUAGCUAAUUAGAUUGCUACGAGAGACUGAAAUGUUUUUGCCUGGAGGGGGCGGGGCUUACGCUAAAGGCUAGGGUGAGGAGAUCAGAAUCAAGAUGUGUUUCUCAGCAGCCAGCCGGGGUUGGUUGGGCAUUUGAAAGAUUUUUUUUUCCUGGAGAAGCUUUAGACAUGUCUCAAAUGGAGGAGGCCACAAGUCGGGGGAAAUUAUAACCAAUGCCUCAGGUUGUUCCCUAAGUGACCCCAGAUAAGCAAUCAAAAACAGACAAGUGGAUGAAGGAUUUUAUCCACUUGUCUCCUGUAGUUCCUGUUUUGUGCUAAGUUUCCCUCUUGUUCAUCACACUAAUCAUCAUAAACUGGUAAAAUACCAAGGUUUUUGUUUAGUAGGGGAGUUUGUCACAAAAAACAUUUACCUAAAAAUAUAACUUUAAAUGACAGGAGUUUUGACUAUUAAUGUUUUCAGUAUUUAUUCAAUACAGCAGGACUUUGAUAUGUUGCUAUACAAUGCACAUAAAUGUUAAAACACAAACCCCACAUUGUCAAUAAUCACAUGCCAGUCAGAUCCUCUAUAAUAGGUUAACAUGCUCACACUGUUUACAAUUGUAAAUAAUGCAAACGUAAUUUCUUUUUUCACCUAAAAGAAAAAAAAUAGCUGUCCAUUGUGUUUCUCAUUGCUUCUGUGUGUUCCGUCCACCGAAUAAUUGAGCAUAAGGAGGUGUUACAGACAGCUGGCAUCAUCUCAGAUUCUUAAGCUCACUUCAUUAUGCUUCAUGAUUUUGUUUUUUGGUACUGUUUUCUUGUAGAACACAAGUUUCUGUGUAUUGUUCACUCUAAAUAAAAUAUAUUUUGUUAGAACCUU